AUAAAAAUGAACAAGGAAGAGAUGUUUUUGUAUAAUGAUGAUGUCAAUGGUAAUAAGAUUGUUUUGUUGUAUAAUGAUGAUGAGGAAGAAGAGCAGGAAGACCAAAACGAGCAUAUUCAAUCACAGGAGUUUUAUAGAAUUAAGGGAAAGAAUAGUUCUCUCCCAAGAGAACCUGUGAGUACUAUUGUCAAAAGACCUGCCACUGGUUCAAUGAGACGUAACUUAAAAUAAUGCAAGAGGAGCAACCAAGAGAAACAACUACAAUAUGGGUAUGGUUAAUAUGUCCAAAAGACUGAAAACUUCUUCUAAGAAACAAAGAGAGGGAUUGAAAGGGCGCAUGAUAAUGACUCAAAGCUCUCCAUUUAUCAAAAGAGGUAUUCAAAAACCAACUUCGCCUGAGAGAGACGAAAUGGGAGGAUUUACUAGGAAAGCUCAAUCCAGAGUCAGCAGAUAUAAUUUUAAUAAAUAAAGAAAUGGAAACUUACUCCAACUUCGUUGAACUGAUUGCAAUGUUCGACUCCCAAAGUAUGGCCGAUAUCCUAGAAGAUGUGCUCAAAGAUGCUGAAGAACUAAAAGGAAAGUAACUAAUUUGCAGGUUUCUGGUUGGAUCCAUUAAGAUAAAAUCAUAAUCUAAUGACAAAUUUAUC